CCCCGGGCUAGAGUUAAUAAUGACAUAAAACAGAUGAUGAGAUCCGUUCUUAAUCUCCUCUGAAUAUUUUCAUUUAAUCUGUUCUAAUUGGAAUAAACAGCAGGAUGAAAACUUUCACAAUCAUUAUUUUAUUUCUUGUGUGUGGUGUGUUCGGUGAUCCAGAUGAGGUGAAGUCAGUGACAGUGAUGGCUGGAGAUUCUGUCGCACUACAAACUGAUCUUAUUGAGCUACAGGAGGAUGAUGUGAUCUGGUGGAGGUUUGGAGAAGGUGAAUCUAAAGAUCUUUUGGCUGAAAUUGUUAAAUAUAAGAUCUGGUAUGCACGAGGGAGAUUCAGAGACAAACUGCAGAUAUCAGGCAGUCAGACUGAUCUCACCAUCAAGAACAUGAAGAUCAAAUACUCUGGACUUUAUGAAGCAGAGAUCAACAUCAACAUUGGAACAGUAUACAAAAGAUUUUUUGUUACUGUCAUUGAGUCUCCUCCUGUUAUUAAAGUUGGACCAAAUGAAUUGGCAUCUUUUACAGUGACUGAGGGUGAAUCUGUUACUUUACCCUGUAAUGUUCAAACACAAAGAGAUGAUCUGAUACUGUGGAGGUUUGGCGAUGAAAGGGCUCUCAUAGCUGAAGUUGAUAUGGAGGAUGAUAAGAUCUCAUAUAUAGACGCUGAUGGGAGAUUCAGAGACAGGCUGAAGCUGGAUAAUCAUACUGGAGAUCUUAUCAUCACUGACAGCAAAACUAAACACACUGGAGUUUAUCAACUAAAGAUCAGCAGCAACAAACAGACCUUAUACAAGACAUUCGGUGUUAUUGUCAAGGAAGCAGGUUUGUCGUCAGGUGUUAUAGCAGGAUUAUGUGUUUUCUUCCUCCUGGUUAUUGCUGCUGUUAUUGCUGCUGGUUUGAUUCUGUAUCGGCGCAGGAUCUCUGAACUUCAAAAUGAAGUAAAGUCAAUAUCAGUAGUGAAAGGAGAAUCUGUCACUUUACACACUCAUAUUACUGAACUACAGGAAAAUGCUGUGAUUGAGUGGAGAUAUGGAGAUGAUGAGAUCAUAGCCAAAAUCGAGGACAAAAAUAUCACUAUAUAUGAUGAAGUUAUUGAUGGGAGAUUCAAAGACAGAUUGAAACUGGACCGUGAGACUGGAUCUCUUACAAUCACUAAAUUUAAAGCUGAACACGCUGGACUUUAUGAAGUAAAGAUCACCAGCAGCAAAGGAACAUCAAUCUCUAAAUUCAAUGUUUAUCUUGGAGGUUAG